AAAGUCCAAUGUUUACAAGGUGUUGAGGUGAAUCAGACCCCUGGCUUAUGAAAGAACUGUUCAGAAGUCUGAUAACAGAAGGGAAGAAGUUGUUCCUGAGACUGUUGGUACGCGCUUUCAAUCAUCUGCACCUUCAGCCGGACAGAAGCAGAGGGAAGCGGGGUGGGACAAGUGUUUGAUUAUGUUGGCUGCCUUUCCGAGGCAGUGUGAUGCGUAGAGGACUGAUGAUGUGGUGACUAACGUUUAGCGAUAUAGAGCGCAGAAACAGGCCCUUUGGGGCACCGAGUCCACGUCGACCAGCGAUCCCCACACACUAACACAAGGGACAAUUUACAAUUAUACCGAGCCGAGCCGAUUAGCCUACAAUCUUUGGAGUGUUGGAGGAAAUUGGAACACCAGGAGAAAACCCACGUGGUCACAGGGAGAAUGUACAAAUUGUAAGGACAGCGCCCAUGGACAGGAUCGAACCCGGGAUCCUGGCGCUGUGAGGCAGCAACUCUACCGCUGCGCCAGCGCAUACUCUGCUCCACAUUAUGUGCGAUCCUGAACAAGACAGAAGAAAGCUCUCGCUUUCCGGGUUCUGUCGAAUAAUACACAAGAUGCAUUUGUUUCAAACCACAAAGACUAAUUAAACAGAGCCUUUAUAACCACAGGCCAGUGAGGUUGGAAACGGAAGUUGCCUGCUAAUCUAACAAAAAAAGGAUUGUGGAGAUUCAAGGAACUGCUUACGUGGAACACCAAGUACUGGAGUGAUUCAGCAUGUUAGGCAGCAUCUGUGGAGGACAGAAAUAGGUGGUUUUGUGUGGGGACCUUCCUUGCGAAUUUAGAAUUGUUUAAUAUUGCCUGCAGCGGGACAACACCUCAGCCUCAAAUGCUGAUCUAACUCCCAAUGCUGCAAACAACAAUAUCUAGUAUUUUUCACUUCAGCAGUUCUCCUAAAUUCUCAAGAAAGAACCCGAAGCUAAACCGUUUAUUUAAUAAUAUAAGGUAGUCGACGUGACAUUUUGUCUUCUGCAACAAAUAUCUGGUACUAACUGAUCUGAGAUCAGUUGAGUUCACCGCAAAAAAAAAAUAUUUGGCACAUUUCACUCACCCCCAGAAGGUGAGAUAGACAAACAUUACAGAGCACCACAAAUCAGCAAACGACCCAGCGGCCAAGUCAUUGUGCUGGAAGCUGUGAUUCUCUGAUCAUUCUGUGUGGAGACGUCGGACGCUAGGAGUGGGCCGGGUUAAACCGUGAUAUUGCCUCCAGCGCCUUCAAUGUCGGCUGCAGGAGCAACCCCCGGGACACAUCAAUGGAGAGGGAUGUCGGUUCAUGCAAAAUGUCCCAGUACAUUGGGCAGCUCAGUGACGUAGCUGUAGAGUUGCUGCCUUCCAGCGCCAGACACCCAGGUUUGUUCCUGGCGAGGUGUGCUGUCUGUGCGGAGUUUGUGAGUCCUCCCCGUGACCAGCGUGGGUUUUCUCCGAGAUGUUCGGUUUCUUCCCACACUCCAAAGAUGUACAGGUUAGGAGGUUAUUUGGCUUGGUCUAAGUGUAACUUGUCCCUAUUGUGUGUAGGAUAGUGUUGAUGUGCGGGGAUUGCUGGUCGGUGCGGUCUCGGUGGGCUGAAGGGCCUGUUUCUGCACUCUAUCUCUAAACUAAACUAAACUAAAUUAAACACCGAUCUUGCGGGCUGAGCGGACUUUGGACUUUGAACAAUGGCGUCUUAAAAGGUGGUGCCUGCAUGUGUAAUAUAUGCAAAAAGAAUGACACUGUGCAGAUGUAUAUGUGAAGAGACACAAAGUGCUGGAGUAGCUCAGCGGGUCAGGCACCAACUCUGAAGCAAAAGGAUGGAUGGUGUUUCAAGCUGGAACCCUUCUUCAGACUCAGACUAAUCAUUCUGUUAGGACUUGCUGCUUCUGGGAUCGGUGCUAUUUUCUAUUUCCAGCAUGGGUAAUCCUGGAUGGAAAGGCAGAUUUGCAUUUGUUCUUUGCGUCACCAUCACCUUGUCUUGUCCAAUUACCCGAGCAGCUAGAAUAUUGGUCGUGCCUGUUGAUGGGAGUCACUGGAUCAAUAUGAAAUGUUUGAUAGAAGAGCUGAACCUUCGUGGCCACAGCAUCACUGUGCUCAGUCAGUCAACGUCCUUGUAUAUCAAAGAGAGCCCAGACUUGUAUCAAUCCAUUAUGAUUCAAAUGCCAAGAGAAUCUGAAAAUUACAACCUUUUGGAAAAUAUUGUACAAAUAACAUUAGAAAACCUACAGAAAGGCUCAACAGUCUGGGGCAAAAUUAAUCUCCAAUAUGAAAUGUUGAUGUUUAUGUUUGAGUAUCAUCAAUGGGCGAAAGAGAUUAUCAAAGCAUUAUUCGAAAACAAUAGCUUGUUGAACCAACUUGGAAAUGCAAAUUUUGAGUUAAUACUUACAGAUCCGGCAUUCGGUAUGGGUUCAAUGCUUGCUUAUUAUUUAAAACUGCCGCUGGUGUACAACGUUCGAUGGCAAGUUGGUGGGGAAGGUCAUUUACUCACUGCCCCCUCACCACCUUCAUACAUCCCACGCACUGGCUCACAUUUGACAGACAAGAUGAAUAUUCUGCAAAGAUCACAAAAUGUCCUGCAAACUCUUAAUGAGCUGCUGAUUGUAGAGUUUUUGAUACAUCCACUUUAUAAUGAAAUCUGCCAUCGGUAUCUGGGACCAGACACAGACUUCAAGUCGAUUCUCCUCAGAGCCGAUGUGUGGCUGAUGAGGGUGGAUUUUGUGUUUGAAUUCCCAAGACCCACCAUGCCAAACUUUGUGUACAUCGGAGGCUUCCAGUGUAAACCAGCACGGCCUCUGGCAGCAGAGUUUGAGGAGUUUGUCCAAAGCUCAGGUAAACAUGGACUUGUUGUAAUGUCAAUGGGGACUCUGGUCAAUUCCUUGCCAAUGGAGAUUACAAUGAAAAUAGCAGACGCUUUAUCUCAAAUCCCCCAGAAGGUUAUCUGGAGAUAUGAUGGUGAGACCCCUCCCAAUAUAGGGAAUAAUACACUGCUGGCAAAAUGGAUCCCUCAGAACGACCUGCUGGGUCACCCCAACACACGAGCCUUUGUUUCACACGGAGGCACCAAUGGGAUUUAUGAAGCCAUCUACCAUGGGGUGCCAGUGAUCGGCAUGCCUCUGUUUUUUGACCAGUUUGACAAUGUAGUCAGACUCGAAUCCCGAGGAGCAGCAAAAGUGAUCAACAUUGCAACCAUGCACUCCAGAGAUCUGUUGCAGGCACUCAACGAGGUGUUAAACGGCGCAUCUUAUGGGGACAACAUGAAGAGACUCUCCGCUCUCCAUCGGGACCAGCCAGAGUCGCCAAUGGAGAGAGCCGUUUUCUGGGUUGAGUACGUUGCCCGACACAAAGGAGCGGGGCAUUUGCGCUCAGAAUCCCACCGACUCCCCUGGUACGCUUACUAUUGUGUAGAUGUGAUGAUCUUUCUGUUGUCUGUGUUACUCCUGCUCACUGUGUUGGUGGUUGGAAUACUGAAGAAACUUUGUUGUAGUGUUUGUGGGAAAAAGCAAAAAACUGAGUGAGAUUUUUUUCCCUUGGUAUAUUUUGUUAUUUCAAAUUAAUCAAAUAAAGUUUUUCAUGCCUUUGAUCCACGGAGUCUCCUUUCCACAAAACAUGGAUUCAACAUGGGCUAAUAAAAGCCAGAAAUGUGAGUGAAAUAAUAACCUUUGUGCAUUGAUAUGCAGAUGAAAAAUGUAAAUAGAUGAACCUCAUUUUCCUGAAGCCUUAAAUUUACUGACAGUUAUUCACAAUGAAGUUGCCUUUGGUUAUCUGGGCACAACCCUUUGUGAUUCACUGACAGAGUGGACCUUUACUGCACUAUUCCCUCUUCCAGUCACUCAUACCAACUCUCACUCUCAAUCCGUCAGCAUGUUUGCCUUCGUUCCAGUGCCCCAUUAUUGUCGUACAUUAUCAUAGUGAGCCUCCUUUACACUUUAGAUACAACGCGGAAACGGACGCAAUAAUCUCAAUGUGGCCAAGGCAAAGUGAUGUACAAAAUGAAUUGGAACGUUCUGUACUCAAUGCCCCCACAGAUGAUGGCAAGCCUUAUGCCGACCUCACUACGCUCCGCACUUGUGUUGUUGCAUUCAGGAUGCAAUGGAUUUGCAAUCCAAGAUCUCUCUGUAUCACAGUGCCCCUUAGCACUCGUGCCAUUUAUUUGUUUCGUUUAGUUUAGUUUUGAAAUACCACGAGGAUAGAGGCCCUUCGACCCACCUAGUCCAUGCUGAUCAUCGAUCACCCGUUCACACUAGUUCUAUGUCAUCCUACUUUCUCAUCCACUCCCGACACAUUUGGGGCAACUUAAAGGACAAUUAACCUGCAAACCCACACAUCUUUGCCAUGUGUGAGGAAACCGGAGCAACCGGGCGAAACUCAUAUGGUCACAGGGCCAACGUGCAAACUCCACACUGACAGUACCAGAGUUUAGGGUCUCACCUGGUUUCCGGUGCUAUGCAACAGCAAUCCUACCUGCUGCACCACCGGUUUGCGAUGAGUAGAGGGGGAAGGACAGUUUAGAUGACACGAGUUAUAACCAUUGAAUAAACUGUGAAAUGUGUUUGUCAGAAUGCAGCAUCCAUUGACUGACCAGGGAGCUAAACUAUAAAUCAGGCAGAAAACUAACCACAAUUUAACAAUAGAAAAAGGUGUUUAUUGGUUCAUAAGUUAUCGAAGCAGAAUUCAGCCCUUCAGCCCAUUGAACUACUGUGCCAUUCAAUCACGACUGAUCUAUUUCCCCUCACAACCCCUUUUACCCGCGUUCUUCCCAAAUCCCCUGACACCCGUAAUAAUCAAGAAUCUGCCAUUCUCCACCUUAAAAAUAUCCAUUCAGAUGAGAUAAAUCAAUAUUAAUAGAGUGCGGCACGGUGGCGCAGCUGCAGACUUGGGUUUGAUACUGACUACGGGUGCUGUCUGUGUGGAGUUUGUACGUUCUCCCUGUGACCGCAUGGGAUGUCUCCAGGUGCUCCUGUUUUCUCAUACAUUCCUAAGAUCACUGGUGUGUAAGCUAAUCGGCUUGGGUGAAAAUUGUCAGUUGUCCUUUGUGUGUAGGAUAGUGUUAAUGUGGACGGAUCGCUGGUUGCGCGAACUCAAUGGACCAAAGGACCUGUUUCCGCACGGUACCUCUAAACUAAACUGCUGGGUUUGUAAACUGCCCAAUAUUUGGCUUGUCUGCAAAGUUAUUAAUCAAUCCACCAAAUAAUUUAUAAACUCAAUUCAUUUAUAUAUCCAAAUCAUUUAUAUAUUCACAAACAGUAAAGGUCCCAGCACUGGUCCCUGUGGAACAUCACUGGUCACAGUGCCCCAGUCAAAACAAAAACUCAUCCACCACUACUCUCUACUGCCAAGCACCUUUAAAUGUAAAGCCCAUGCAACCUUUGGAUUGUUAUAAAAUCC